CUCCGCUAGCACCGUAGAAUCAAUCAAUCGUCACUCAAAUCGGAUACGCAGCCGUAGCUGCUGCUGCUGCGUUCUCUGUAAAGAGGAUCACUUUUAGAUUCGGAAAGAAAUAAAUCGCCUCAUUCCUUUGCUUAGCUUCACUCUUCACUCAGUCGAAGAAGGGUAAAGAAUAACAAGAUGUCCGAUCUAGAUAAGCAAAUAGAGCAGCUAAAGAGAUGCGAACCCCUUAAAGAGUCCGAAGUAAAGGCUCUCUGCCUUAAAGCCAUGGAAAUUCUCGUCGAGGAGAGCAAUGUUCAGCGAGUCGACGCUCCUGUCACUAUUUGUGGUGACAUCCAUGGACAGUUUUAUGACAUGAAAGAACUUUUCAAAGUUGGUGGCGACUGUCCCAAGACUAACUACUUGUUCCUUGGAGAUUUUGUUGACAGAGGGUACUACUCUGUUGAAACAUUCCUAUUAUUGCUAGCUCUCAAGGUGAGGUAUCCAGAUAGGAUAACACUCAUUCGAGGAAACCACGAGAGUCGGCAAAUCACACAGGUAUAUGGAUUCUAUGAUGAAUGUCUCAGGAAGUAUGGAUCUGUCAAUGUUUGGAGAUACUGCACAGAUAUAUUUGAUUACUUAAGUCUGUCGGCUCUCAUUGAGAAUAAGGUUUUUUCGGUCCACGGUGGUCUCUCUCCUUCCAUUUCCACAUUAGACCAGAUUCGCGUAAUUGAUCGAAAGCAAGAAGUACCCCAUGAUGGUGCUAUGUGUGACCUGCUAUGGUCAGAUCCAGAGGAUGCUGUUGAUGGAUGGGGUUUGAGUCCCCGUGGUGCUGGUUUUCUUUUCGGUUCUAGUGUUGUCACUUCUUUUAAUCAUUCAAAUAAUAUCGACUAUAUAUGUCGUGCUCAUCAAUUGGUAAUGGAAGGUUACAAAUGGAUGUUCAGUAACCAAAUAGUUACAGUCUGGUCAGCUCCAAAUUACUGUUACAGAUGUGGUAAUGUGGCUGCAAUCCUCGAGUUGGACGAGAGUCUUAAUAAGAAGUUCCGUGUAUUUGACGCAGCACCUCAGGAAACAAGAGGAGCUCCAACGAGGAAGCCAGCCCCAGAUUAUUUCCUAUGAGAUUAUGGAUGCAAUGAAAUUGAGAUCUUUGUUACAUGAUUAUUGAGAUUGACCGAGGGGUAUACUCUCUCACGAGAUAUCAAUGUUUUGGGAUUCAGUUCUCGGGCUCCUGUGCCAUUUUGUUCUGCAAAUGGUGGGGGGUCUGGGAAGGGAAUUUAAGGUGGUUCGUGGUCUGCUUUUGUUCGAUGAGUUGCCUGUAAGUGUUUGUCUCUACAUUGAUUGAUUUCCUCAUUGUUCUAUCUCUUUGUAAUGUGAUAAGUGUGCAUUAUAUAUACAACUGGUUCAUGUGAUAUGGUCAAGGGCCGCCUUGGUUUAAGGUGGCUUGCCCUGUCUAGGACCACAACACAUCGUCUCUGGGUGCAGUGAACGAACAUUCUAUCAGUCGAAAGCAUCUAAAUUAAGAUGUAUUUUUCGACUGUUCAUUUCAAGAUUGAGUUAUUUAGUGUUUUCUUCAUGUUUA